GGACGAGGCUCGCUCGAGGCUUCGAGGAUUCUCGUUCCCGCUCGCGCUGCAAUUUGCGCUCGCUCGCCAUUUCGGAAGUGGAGCGCGGGUUCAGGAGCUGGCCAGGAGAGCGUCGAAGGUGAGGCGAGGUGCUGCGGCCAUAGCUCGGUAGGAAGUGGAGCGAGAUGGCGAAGCAUCAUCCGGAUUUGAUUAUGUGCAGGAAGCAACCGGGGAUCGCAAUCGGGCGCCUGUGCGAGAAAUGCGAUGGAAAGUGCGUCAUCUGCGAUUCUUACGUGCGGCCUUGUACCCUCGUUAGGGUUUGCGAUGAGUGCAACUACGGAUCGUAUCAGGGCAGAUGUGUUAUAUGCGGAGGCUUGGGAAUAUCGGAUGCGUACUAUUGCAAAGAGUGCACGCAGCAGGAGAAGGACCGCGACGGUUGUCCGAAAAUUGUUAAUCUUGGAAGUGCCAAAACGGAUCUGUUUUACGAGCGGAAGAAGUACGGGUUUAAGAAACGAUAGCGAAGCGCCAAAUUUCCCGAUUUCUCAACAGGUGUCGGGAGAUUGAGGAUUCCAAUUUUGUCAUAGGUAGCUGGGUUUCCGAAACAUCACGGAGCGAGGCCCGGUGUGGGCUUCUCUCCUGCGUAACAUUAAUGUCAAAGAGCGUAAGUGUGACUAUAUUUCAGACUCUAUGUAUAUGACCUGCCGGGUGACUUAAAAUGGAGGGUUGAGACUCCAACGAAUUGUAGUGUGAGUUGUCUACAACUUACCCAAUUCUACAAAGUCUCGUGAAGGCAUGCAUGCGCAUUGCCCAUGCUCUGACAAAGCAGAGCACAGCUGGGGUAGUCAUAGUUAGCGGUGAGACAAUAGUAUCAAUACUGGUUUUGGCUAAAUCAAUUUUGUGCCAAGAAAAGGUGCGUUGCCAGCACACGAGGAACUGUAGGUGUAUUACAUAGUUUGCCAAAGGUAUUUCGGUUCACUGUCUCGAUGAUACCAGUGUUCUUGUCAAUUGCCACUGUCGCACGAAAGUAUAAAAAUUGUACAUGCAGUUGAAACCUGUGGGCUUUCACAUGUGAGCUUAUUUCGAGCUUCACACUCAUAUCUACCCAUAAGAAUGGAGAUACGAGGUUUACGAUAUACUAAAUUGUCCGAAGUUCUC